AUGUUCACAGCCCUCCGCGCACCAUCAACCAGCGCUGCCCGCGCGUUCUCGACCUCGGCGUUGCGGGGAGCACCAAAGAGCGGCAAGGCCAUCGUAUCGUCGCUCCAGGCCGGUGCCAAGAUGGACGGCCUGUCGGUGUUCAAGGACGUACCAGACCCGAUUGCGCUGCCCGAGGACGAGUACCCGAAGUGGCUGUGGACGCUGCUCGACCAGCCCAAGGGGGUCCCAGUUACCAAGGCGGGAGAGCGCAACUUUAUGGCGGAGCGCAAGGAGAUGCGUAACAGGAACAGGGCAAGCAUCAAGGCGACCAACUUUAUGAAGACUACAUAA